AUGUCAAUCGAAGAGAAGAAGGACAACAACUAUCUGACCGAUGUCGAGGUGAUGCGUCCCGAGGCGGACCUCGUCGAGGACAAGGUCACCCAGGAAGAGCUCAAUGCCACUUCUGCUGAUCUGGCCAUGGCGGCGGAGAAGCUCGACUCUAUGACUCUCGAGAGGUGCAAGGCGAUCAUGACCCAGGUCCUCGAGAUGCACCAGUACGACCAGAACUUUCCCUCGUCGUCGCUCGAUGCUAUCAAGGACCUGCUCGAGAACCCUGAUGUCACUGCCAACCCUGACAAGCACGCCGAGCUCAUCCAUGCCAUGAAGCUCGAGGCGCUUCUGGUUACCGAGAACUCGCCUUACGCCGAGGUCCGCGCCGUGGUCGACAACACCGACGACCCGACAAUGCCCUCGCUCACGUUCCGUGUCUGGGUCAUUGGAAUCGUCUUUGCCGGUGCCGGUGCCUUUAUCAACCAGCUGUUCUCGAUUCGUCAGCCCCAGGUCUACGUUUCGUCCCAGGUCGCCCAGCUUCUUGCUUGGCCUUUCGGCAAGCUCAUGGAGCGUACCAUGCCCCACAAGGAGUUCAACUUCUUUGGUCGUCACAGCCUUAACCCCGGUCCCUUCAACAAGAAAGAGCACAUGCUUAUUACCAUCAUGGCGACUGUCGCCUUCAACACCCCUUACACUGGCUACAUUGUCUUCACUCAGGCCCUGCCUCAGUACUUUGGCCAGUCGUAUGCCAAGGACUUUGGCUACCAGAUCCUCAACACCAUCGGCUCCAACUUUGUGGGCUAUGGUCUUGCGGGUCUUUGCCGCCGCUUCAUUGUGUACCCAAGCUUCUGCGUGUGGCCCUCGUCGCUCACAUCGCUGGCUAUCAACAAGGCGUUCCACUCGGACGACUCGAUCGCCGUUCCCGGCCCCCUCAAGCGCAUCUACACCUGGUCGCGCAUGAAGCUCUUCAUGAUGGCGUUUGUGUCCAUGUUCAUCUACUGGUGGUUCCCCGGAUACAUUUUUCAGGCGCUUUCCACGUUCAACUGGCUCUCGUGGAUUGCCCCCAACAACAUGGCGUUCAACAACAUUGUCGGCAUGAACAACGGUCUCGGUCUCAACCCUCUCCCGACCUUUGACUUUAACGUCCCCAGUUUCAACGGCUGGACUCCGCUCGUCAUCCCCCUGUUCUCAGUCAUGAACCAGUGGGUCGGCAUGUGCCUCGGCUUCUUCAUGAUCAUCGGCAUCUACUGGACCAACAAGUGGGACACGGCCUACCUGCCCAUCAACUCCAACAAGGUCUUUGCCAACGACGGCAGCAGGUACAACGUCACCAAGAUUCUCAACGACGACGGUAUCUUUGACAACGAAAAGUAUCAGGUCUACUCGGAGCCCUACAUGUCGGCCGCCAACAUUACCGUGUACUUCUGGUUCUUUGCCCUGUACACCGCCACCAUUUCGUACACUGCGCUGUACCACCGCCACGAGCUUGCGUCGGGCUUCAGGGGCUUCUGGCGCUCGGUCAAGAAGACGUUCAAGAAGGGCGACGGCCAGUUUGGCGACGACGACGAGGACCUCGGCGAGGACAUUCACUUCCGUCUCAUGCGCUCGUACAAGGAGGUUCCCGAGUGGUGCUACUUCAUCGUCCUCCUCGUCGCCCUCGGUAUCGGCUGCGCCGGUGUCGGUGCAUACCCCACCAACACUAGCCCCGCUGUCGUCGUGUUCGGUAUCAUCAUGGCCAUCCUGUUCGUCAUCCCCAUCGGCCUCAUUGCGGCCGUUACCGGUGUCCAGGUCACCCUCAAUGUGCUCGCCGAGUUUAUUGGUGGCGGUGGCUUUGCCGUCGGUGACGCCCUGGCCAUGAACUACUUCAAGAUGUACGGCUACAUUGUCACGGCACAGGCCAUCUACUUUGCCAACGACCUCAAGCUCGCGCACUACGUCAAGAUCCCGCCCAAGCACACGUUUGCGGCGCAGAUGGUCGCCACUGUCGUCUCGACGUUUGUGUGCACGGGUAUCUUCAACUACCAGAUGAGCUUUAAGAACGUGUGCACGUCGGACGCCCAGUUUGCCAUGUCGUGCCCCGGUGAGAACACCUUCUUCACCGCCGCCGUGUUCUGGGGUACCCUCGGCCCGCAGAAGCUCUUUGGUCCUGGCGGUCGCUACAAGCUCAUGCUCCUGGGUUUCCCUAUCGGCUUUGUCCUCCCCAUCAUCACCUGGCUCCUGUCCAAGAAGUUCCCGCGCAACAAGUGGAUCCGCUCGUUCCACCCCGUCAUGUUCUGCUACGGCCCCAUCAUGUUCGCGCCUUACAACCUCUCGUACAUGUGGCCCAUGGUCAUGCUCACGUGGUUCUCGUGGGGCUACAUCAAGCCGCGCUACCUCGCCUUUUGGUCGCGGUACAACUAUGUCCUUGCCGCCGCGUGGUCGGCCGCCAUCGCCAUUGCCGCCAUUGUCAUCUUUUUUGCCGUCCAGAUCCCCGACGUGAGCAUCGACUGGUGGGGCAACAACGUCCCUUACCAGGGCUGCGAGAACGCCGCGUGCGUGCUCCUCGAGAUCCCCGAGAAGGGAUACUUUGGCCGCGAGCCCGGGACCUACAACUAA